AUGAAGCAACUCGAGAUUGAGAAUGGAGAUUUCCCGCCAAAAAGGAUCGAGUUAUUUCCAUCUACUCCUUAUGUCCAGCCAAAAGGGAUAAAAACAGUUGAAAAGACGUCGGAUUCUGUUAAGAUUACAGUUACCGGGAGAUCGUCAUCACAUUUCCCGCCAAAAAAGAAGCUGACUAGGCAGCUUGUCUUCACAGAGUUCGGCCUAUCUCCCGUUAUCGCAACUUCACUGCCGUUUCCUGUGGAGAAGCUAAGCUCCGAAAUGCGUUUGUCUCCUCGGAGUCCUUUUUCCUCAAACUCCAAGUCACCAGAUUCUCCAAUACCAUGGGUUAAUGUUAAAGCAAAAAAUGGUACUCCGAAAGGUCCAAAACAAUGCGGCUGCAAGCAAUCUAAAUGCUUAAAAUUGUAUUGCGAUUGCUUUGCUUCCGGUGAGUAUUGUAAUGGGUGUAUUUGCGCUGAUUGUUGCAACAAUGUUGAGAAUGAGGAUCUACGGAAAGCAGCUUCUGAAAUCAUUUUAGAGCGUAAUCCACAUGCUUUCAAGCCAAAGAUUUCAAGCAGUCCAUGUAGUCCUCAAUAUGUGGUGGGUGAUAAAAUGGAUGUUCCACAAGUGGGGAGACACGAGAGGGGAUGCCACUGCAAGAAAUCUGAAUGCCUCAAGAGGUACUGUGAGUGUUUCCAAGCUAACGUCUUCUGCUCUCAGAACUGCAAAUGUGUGGAUUGCAAGAAUUUUGAGGUUUGCAAGGAGUUGAUAUCUGCUCCUAGCGAGGAAGACAGUAAGACCAUAAUCUGUAGAAACUCCGAGGAUAAUACUAACAAGAAAUUUUACAAGAGCUUUAAAGGAUCUGAGGGGAUCAUGACAAUCACCGGUGAGGAUUGUACUGAUUCAAAAAUCUACAUGCAGAGGGUUAUUACUUCUGCAACAUCAGAUGCAUCCGGUUUAUCAGGCCAGCACAUGUCACAGGAAUACAGGAAGAGGAAACUUCAGGAGUUUCAUCCAAAUGAGAAAAGUUCACCAAGCCAAAGCUUCCCUGAUAUACAAAAGGUGAUCAAUCAAAGUUGUUGUCUCUCCUCUACCUUGUCAGUUGAGCCUACUUGUCAUAUCAUUAAUUCUGCUAUGGCGGGAUCUUUUAGGGAUCCAUACAGAUUGAAGCUAGCUAAUGUUUAUCAUCUACUUAAGACUAGAAAAGUCUGCUCAGGGUUGGCAAUUUUAGCAGAAGCCGCAGCGUUAGCUCAGGCUGCCAAUCCUUUUGCAGAAGUGAAAGAUGCACAAGAAAACAAUAAUCGUGAUAUUCUUGAAGCCAAGGAGGAUGACUACCGUGGGGGAGCAGAUCAAGUUCAGAAAAGGGCUACUGAUGACCUUAAUAUUGGUUUUGCUUCCACCGAUGUGCAAGAAGGACAGGCUUUACCCCCGGGAAUACUGAGAUUAAUCUGUAAUGAAAAACUUAAACCGUUUGAGGAACAUUCUUCAAGACACCAGAUUCUGAACCAUAAUCUCAAGAAUGCCUAUGCAGAGGAGGAAAGGUCUGUUUUGUCAAGUUUCCUCGACUUUCUUGAGAAACUCAUCAUUUCACAAAACAUGAAAGUAGAUGAUGCUCUUCUGUUCCUCUUUUGUUAUCUUCUUCGUGCUUCCGGGAUAAAAAUAAGUUCUCAUCAGGCUGGUGAUGCUAGAGCAUUCCCUCCCGAUGCAGACGACAAGAACUGA